CUCCCUCAUUUCACUACACACAGACAACCACGGACAUCAAUUCGACUGGGACAACGUUCAAAUAUUAGACAAAGGAAAUAACAAGAAUGCUAGAGAAUUUUUAGAAGCUUGGCAUUCCAGUGAAUCAUCAAUCAAUAGACACAUCGAGAUAGACAAAAUUUAUCAACCAAUAAGAAAGAAACUUCACACACGAUUGGCCAAAGUUCAAGUCACAGAAACAAUCAGUUCCAACACAAGUAACCUAGAAGGUGUGAAAACAUACAUAAACAACCAAUCACGUCCAAGGUCACCAGGAGGAAUGAUUAAUAAACUCGUGGAGAAACCUAAAAGCUCACUUCAAUUUGAAGUAUGCGCUGAAGAUGUCACCCAGUAAGGUGAUGAAAGCUUCGCAAACUAACUAUCCAGCUCAGAGAACAAAACCACAUCAAAAUUAUCCACCUGAGCUACAAAUCUUCUCUAUCAUGACUAACUAUGUGAUGUGACGAAAACAAAUGUUAGUGUAAACUCACUGGAGCAAGAAGAGUAUCGUUUAGCCGAACUUUUUCUAACUGAUGAUAAGUGACUUGUACCCGCACGCUUUAAAAAAUCUUGCUUAAUCACAAUACACGUCUUUCAAGGCACUCCGCCUUCUUCCUUCUCCGUCUGUGCAUGAUUGUCUGUUACAAUUGGUGUCGGAGGUGGGAUGUUCUGCAGUCAACAUGGAAACAUCAUCAGAUUAUGGCCUCCCCAAGCUGUUCCCAGAAGAAAGUAAAGUCACCACGCUCGACCAUACCCUAUAGGGCAUACUAAAAUUCUUCAGUCGUAGACAACUACCCGGGGAAAGUCCCCUAGAAUACUUCCAUGCCCUACAACUAAUGGCAUCUGGCGUAGACGAUAGCGCAGACUCCAACCACAGAGACCACCUGAUGAGGGCACGUUUCAUCGAAGGGGUCUUGCCCGGCGACCUCCGGACGCACCUACUGCGACACCGGAAGUUGAGAAGAUAAAUGGAUCUCUCCGUAUGUGCAUCGACUAUUGCAAUAUGAGAUCGAAGCAGUUGUCAAGAAUUUGCCAGUUUUCAGUCAUGGAUUUUGUUCUGCUGAACCCGGCAGCAUCGGCACGUGCGAAGUCAUCCUCGGAUAGGGCAUUGAGAACAUGGAGAAAGUGGUGGGCUAGUGAAGAGAUGCUGAGGAAUGCCUGAAUACGUUUCUUCCAUCGGGGGUAGUCUGAUGACAGUUGCAGCGCUGGAGGUCACAGUAGGCGUGGUGAUUUCACUUUCUUCUGGGAACAGCUUGGGGAGGCCAUAAUCUGAUGAUGUUUCCAUGUUGACUGCAGAACAUCCCACCUCCGUCACCAAUUGUAACAGACAAUCAUGCACAGACGGAGAAGGAAAAAGGCGGAGUGCCUUGAAAGACGUGUAUUGUGAUUAAGCAAGAUUUUUUAAAGCGUGAGGGUACAAGUCACUUAUCAUCAGUUAGAAAAAGUUCGGCUAAACGAUCCUCUUCUUGCUCCAGUGAGUUUACACUAGCAUUUGUUUCUGCAAAAGAAAAACUUAUUUAGUGGUAUUAUACUCCUUUUUGUCCCAUUACAACAUUGUCAUUUUUGUGUUGGUUUGGAUCUGUAGAUUGGUUUCCUGUCUGUCUUUACAGUUACUAGUAUUAUUAUAUGGUAUCCCAAAUGUUACGUAUAUUAUGUGUGAUAUCGUUCUAUGUGUAGAUGUGUCAUAUAUCAGCAAAAUCGGAAUACGAUCUGAACCACACUGUCUAUAACUUUUCGGAGACAAGCAGACUAGUCCGGUACGUUAUAAGUGUCGCAACUCAAAAAAAUUUACCAAAUGUUAUUGUACAAUCGUUCAGAAUAGCCUCGUGGUAACAAUACUUUUAUACAUGCAUGUAUAAUUAAAGACGAAUAAAUAAAUAAAAAUUUAUUUAAUCAGCUUAACAUAAGCCAUAGAAUUAACCUUCAUGUUAUCGCUAGCUUUUCCACUAAAACUAACCGUAAUUAAUGCAUAACUCUAGCCUGAUCCCAAACCCAAAUGCUAAACAUAACUUUAAGUGAAAUAAACCAGGAUAAAUCCGCUGGUUAUCUCGUAUAUAGGGUGAAUAAACAUGAUGCAGAAUGUGGAGUUAUCGUACUGCUUGUGAAGAGUUACUUGUUUGGGUGGAAUAGUCUGUUUAAGUACCGAUUCGCGGAUUGUUAUCUGUAUACAUGGAAGAUUUAAGGCACGAAAAGUGAAAUAUCAAUUCACCCAAUUAUGCGUUUAUAUUUACUGGAAUUUUGUGAUGUAUCACUAGAACUGGGGUCGCAUAUGCUGGUAUUAGGAAUGAAAGUUUUCGUUGAGAAAACAUUGGGUGGCACAAAUACCUGUACUAGAUGUCGAUAAUCCUGUUUCAUUGUCUAAAUUUGUUCUCGUACUUGUAUGAUUAAGUAUAUGUUUUACCUUUUCAGUGCCUUCCGAUGUUUCAGAUACUAUGUUAAUUGACCUUGUUUGAUGGUGAUAAACAUCAUUUGUUCGAAACUUAAAGUUACUUACUUGCGAUAGAGUAAAGACUAUGGAGGAGGAGUUUACUGCCACCAUGAAAAAGUAUGAAACUGUCUUGGAAUGCGUAGAUCAGAAACUCGCAUCGAUAAUUGCUGCUGAUCGAUUUCUUAAUGAUCUUAUUCCAAAGUCAAAAGAGCUAGAAAAUGACGUCUUACACCUACCAUCAAACAAAGAUGUUAUGAACACUAUCGAAAUUCAUUUUGGACGUGCUAUGCGCUUAACUCUACUACGAGGGGAUGGUGUAAGAUUGCCUUUAGUAGUUCCUGUCGAUGCUCGCGUUUUAGAAUUACGUUGGGCAGUGCAAGAAGCCAUUUCAUCUUAUAUGAAUCAUAUAUCAAAUUUACCAGAAGCAAAUCAUAAAGGUGGUUUUACUGAUAAUACCUCUUCACAAAGGCGUAUUUCUGCUAAAUCUAUCAGCUGGCGAAGUAUUUGGAAAACAAAAUGUUUAGCUGUUGUAAACCCAAAUGGUGUAUUUCCUCCUGAAGGUCUUCCAACUAUCACUGCUAGACUGGAUGUAUUAACCAACAAAUUGUCGGAGCACUACCAAAUUCGUAAUGGAGCAAUUAUUACCUUUGCUCCUCGACUUCAUCGGAAAUGAAUAUUUGUGUGUAUGACUUCAGAUAUCAAGGACAUAUUUUUCCUUUUGUCUUUUAUGUAUAUAAAAUAUAGUUUUGGUG